AUGACGGACCGCGGAGCUAGAGAGAAUGGAAAGCCUACGAUCAUCGGAAUAUACGGUAUACCCGGAUCUGGAAAGUCAUUCCUCUUAAAGCAACUCGAGAGAGAGCUUGGAUCUCAGGAUUUUGAGUUUUACGAGGGUUCGGAGGUGAUUGCAAGUCUCGUCCCCGGAGGCCUCGAUACCUUUAAGAAGAUGCCCGAGCUACAAAAAGAACACUGGCGUCAACUUGCUAUCGAUAAAAUUGGGAAGACGUGUGGUAGCAGCGGACGUGUUGGUAUCGUUGCUGGACAUUUUAUGUUCUGGACUGAAGGAGAAGGAAAAGGGCGACCCGUUUAUACAGACAACGAUUUGAGGACCUUUUCCCACAUAAUAUAUCUAGAUACCCCAGCAGAUCUGACUUUCCAACAGCGGGCCAACGAUAAAGGGCGCAGCCGUCCCCUUUGUUCCUUGGAACAUUUACAAGAUUGGAAAACGGAAGAAAAGAUGCAACUACGCAGUCUCUGCUAUCAACAUGGAAUUUUGUUUUCCAUAGUCACGCCUACCUCGAUGAUGCUCAACAGAAUACUGACCCUAUUGCGUGAUUUUGUGCAGCAUAGCGAAGAGUUCAACUUAUCUAGCGCUGAGCACCAAUUAGACGAGCUGGUCAUUACUAGCCCGGCAAAGCUACACACCAUGUUAGUCUUGGAUGCCGAUCGAACAAUGAGCUCAGAGGAUAGCGGAAGGCUAUUUUGGGACCUUCUUUCGAACGACCCACAAACGACGGAUAAAGAUUACCACUUGAAGACGUUGUUCAGCAGCCCCCUCGGCUAUUCCUAUACAGCAUUUCGUCAAGCGACCCUACUCUAUGAAGAUUUCGCAGAUGAUUCAAAAUUUGCAAAGCUUUGUGAUGAGACUGCUGUGGCGAUAGCUAUGUAUCCAGAGUUUGUGGCACUACUCCGACAGAUUGCUGAGCAUGAUCACGUCGGUGCAGUGGUCAUCACCUGCGGGCUCCGUCGAGUCUGGGAGACGAUUCUGGACAGAGAGGGCCUCUCCGGAAAGAUCAAAGUAAUUGGUGGGGGCCGUACAGUUGACGGGAUCGUCGUUACUGCUGCAGUUAAAGCCGCAAUGGUUUCCCGUCUCAAGUACUACCACAACGUCCGCGUUUUAGCGUUUGGUGAUAGCGUCUUAGAUCUGCCGAUGUUGUGCCAGGCAGACGAGGCGAUUGUUGUGGUCGGUGACACCAAGACUAGAAGUAAGAUUAUGGACGGUGCGCUAUUAGACGCCAUCGAAAACGGAGGUCUGUCGGCUAGACAAGUUCUUCUUCCCAGCAAUGUCUCAGCUCGGCUUAACACUACCAUUCUACCCGCCCUCCAAUUAACCAACCCCGGUUUCAUCAACUCUGUUAUACAGCAACGAAGCCGGGGCCUUCCAAGAAUCUUUCAUGCCACGAAAAGGAAUGCAGCUAAGCAACUGAUGACUCCCAUGCGAGACGCUAGAGUCUCUGGUCCAGCCCUUCGGGAGGCCCAUCGCCGCGCCGGAUGGUACUUAGCAACAGAGUUUCUAACAGACUUUAUCGGAGUGGAGGAGUAUUCCAUCCCUCAUGUCCAAGGAAACGAAACGACUGGCUACCGACUCCGAAACGAGAAGUCAACUUUGAUUGUGGCGUUAAUGCGAGGCGGGGAACCGAUGGCGCUUGGAGUCAACGAUGCUUUCCCUUCCGCCAUGUUUCUUCAUGCAAAAAGUCCAGAGGAUGUUAAAUUGGUGCAUGUAUCACAAAAAAAGACGAUCAUACUUGUCGAUUCGGUGAUUAACAGUGGUAAAACUGUGGUUGAUUUUGUUCGGCACAUCCGCGAUAUAAAUUCUUCGAUUCAGAUUACGGUAGUGGCCGGGGUCGUUCAGGCCCAAUCUAUCUCCGAGGGAAGCCUAGCCCAAGAAAUCGAUUCACGCCCAAAUUUGGGUAUUGUCGCUCUAAGGUUGUCUCAGAAUAAGUUUACAGGCCGUGGCACGACUGAUACCGGUAAUCGUCUUUUCAAUUCGACCCAUAUCCCUUAA